GCAUGAAUCACCGCGUUGUUGCAUACGAUACAACGACUGAAAGGUUUUUUUUUGUGAAUCAAAAAUUUUCCAUCAAAGACAGCGGAAAAAUAAAGUAAAGAAAAUUUUAAAAGACAUUUUUCAGCCUAUUCUAAUUUGUGCAUUCAUUUAGAAGCAUUUGAAUAAGAAGUAAUAAAAAUAAAUACUAAACUCUAACAUCAUGCAACAUCACGUAGCACAAGCGACGAAUUUGUGAUGUGAAAAAGGUGAAAACUUCAGGCUGGUCACAAAAUCGGUACCGGGGCGUUGUGUGAGUGCGAAGAUAUAAUUUAUUUGUGAAAAUUGUCGGGAAAUAAUUGGUGAAAAUGGAGAAAAAGAAGGAGCAACUGCUGCUGAUUGAGCCCCAGAAUGAGCUAAAGUUCCGCGGUCCUUUCAACACACACGUGACGUCAAGGAUGCGCCUCACGAAUCCGACGGAUAAAGUUAUUCUGUACAAAAUUAAGACAACGGCACCCAAGAAAUACUGCGUACGUCCCAAUGGCGGCAUUUUGAGUCCGCAAAAGUCCACGGAGGUCAACAUCGUACUGCAGCCGUUCAUUUUUGAUCCAAAUGAGAAGAAUCGACAUAAAUUUAUGGUUCAGAGUGCAAUUGCACCCGCUGGGGCGGAACAGUACGCAUCCGUGGAGCAACUGUGGAAAGAGAUUAAUCCACUCGAGUUGAUGGACUCAAAGUUGCGGUGUGUGUUUGAGGUGACGGCGGACAGUGCUCCGCAAACUGGUAGUACGGUGACAUCGUCAGGUGACGAACAACAGACGGUUUAUUCUGCACCCGAAUCGGCGUCCCCAUUCAAGUCUGGCGCAGGUGGAGAUGACUCGGCCAUGAUUACCACGAGUGACACGGCAAAGGCAACUGCCGAGCUGCGGCAACUUCGGGAAGAGGAGAGUCAAUUACGCCAGGAGAAUUUAAUGCUAAAGGAGCAAGUUCUGCGAUUAAAGAUGGCCCUCGACGAUGCAGGUGCGAAUGAUGGUGCGAAGGGGGGCGCCAACGUGUGGAGCGGCAAUACGCCGUCCUAUCAGCAACAGAUUGCUUAUGCACCACCCAACCUUCCUUUGCCCGUCUAUCUCAUUAUAUCUCUCUUAGUGGGCAUCCUCUGUAUGCUCUUUGGCAAGUUUGUCCUAUGAAGUAGCAAUGGUCACAGCACAUCAACAUAGAUGACAAUGAGAGAGGAAAAACCUUUAUUAAACACAGAGAGAAAAAAAAUACAACAACAAAUAUUCAUUGAUUAAAAAACGCAGAAAGGCAGCAAAUGGUUAAUUUAUAAUUCUUCAGAAAUAAAAUUUAACACAAAAAAAUGGAGCAUCCCAUUCGGAGAAGGAGCUUUUGACAUAUAAUAUAAUAGCAAACAUGAAGGUGAAAAACAUAAAGGAAUUAACAAAAAAAAACCAUUUGAAUUAUUAAGAAGAAAAAAAAGGAUGAAGGAAAAUUCAAAACAAGCACACAAUUGCAAAAGGAGAGAAAGUUACAAAAAAAACUAAAAAUUAAUAAACGAAUGUAAUGUGAAAAAACUUUCUUUGAGUAAAAAAAAAUACACGGUUUUUGGGUGAAAAAAAAACAUAUUUUUAUGGUUAGGAAAGGCGUGAGAAAAAAAAACUCAUAAAGUUAUAUUAGAGCAAAUAAUCUGUUGAAAAAAGAAAUUCAAAGAAGAACUUUAUACCACAAGAUGGUUUUUAGGGCUGAUUUUUCGGAGGCUCCCUGCAGGCAGCUUUUAUGGAAUAUUUGAUAAGUAAAAAAGAAUCUCUAACUGAGCUUUUUAUCUUAUCGACUAUUUUAUAAUUGGCUGUUUUCUUGCCACAAAUCUCUGCUUAAUUUUCUCUUUGAUCGUCACGUCGGUUAUUUUUUUUAAUUUAUUCUCUGUUAUUGUUCUAAAAAGUUCUCAAAGACAAAAAAAAUGAUUUUUCUGUCUUCAUUUUGAAAGGAAGAAAAAACCCAAAAGUUCUUCUGAUAAAAAAAUGCGCUAAAAUUGUUUUUUUUACAAAUUAUUCUCCAUAAACGUGUUGAAAACAAAUUAAAUAUAUUAUUUUCCUUUUCAUUAAAAAAAAAGCUAAAUGAUUGAAAUAUGCAAAAAACGGUGGCGUUUAGAGGCCUAAAAAUAUAUUAUACUUUUUUCCUCAUUGUUAAAAAAAAUAUACAUAAUAAUAUAUAUUUCUUGUGAAAAUAUUUAAAAGCUCAAGUUUUUUGUUUGUUUCCUCCAAUCACUCGAUGGACAUAAAAUGCAAGAAAAAAGUGUAGGAAUGUACAGUUUACGUAAAAUAAAAUAAAUUAAUUAAAAAAUGCAUUUAAAAAUAUGAAAUUUGAAUUAAUAAAAGUAUAAUAAAAAAAAUAUUUUUCAAGUCUUAAGGAAUUAUUACAUCAACAAAAAAUGUUUUUAAAGGUAAAUUUUCAAAUUAAUUUUCUUUUUCAUAAUAAAAUACAAAUUCUUUUGCAAAAUGAAAAUAAAACUAAUACUCUGACUUGUGUGUGCGUGUGCGUGACUGCAGGGUAUACUGGUAAAAAUCUUUCACAUAUUUUCCCAGAAGAAGGUGACAGAGAAUUUAUUUUUAUUGAUCGAAGAAAAGGUUGAGAUUUUCAUUAAGAUUUUUAUUCUUUUCAACAUUAAAAAAUAUUUUUUUUUAAGAUUUUUCGUGUUAGAGUAAAAAAAUAUAAAUAAAACGUCAAAAAUCACAUUUUCAAAAUGUCAAAAACCGUUUUUGGUUAAAUCGAACAACGAUUUUGACAUUUCUGGUGAAUUUUUCAACGAAUUUCUUAAAAUAAAGCUAAAAGAUUCAUUUACUUUAGAAUAAUUAAUCAAGUUCAAUAUUAGUUCUUCCGGAAGUUCUAAACUCCCGGAAAACCAAAUUUACCCUUCAAAUGACGUCCUGAAAAAGAUUCUGACUCUUUAAGCAUUUUGAAAGCUGUAAUAACGAGGAAUUAAAAGCUUUUGCAUUUUCAACGUUAAACACUAAUAUUUUCUCAAAACUGAACUCCCGGAAUAUUUCUGGAGGGCUCCCGGAAAAGGAAUAAUUGAGAAUGUGCCUAGACAACGACAAAGAAAAAUCAUUAAAUUGAUAGCAUUAAUUAAAAAUUUACUCCAAGAGUCUCUGUCAUGAAUGUGAGGAGCCUAAAGUGUUCGAAAAUUCUAAGCUGGAUUUAAUUUUGUGACAAUUGUUCUUUUGACAUUUGGAUGCCCUGAAGAAGAUCCCAGGUGAAUAAAAAUUACCAAAUACUAACAUUUUGCUUUUGAUUUUUACAACUGGAUUGAGCGGAUUGAGUAUUUUAAAAGAAUUUCUAAUGACUUAGAAUUGACAGUUAAGCUAAUUUUGACAGGAAGUAAAAAUUUGACAGGUAGACUUUUGCCAUUUUGAAAAUUUUCUCAAAAAACUUUAAUUUUUUCAAUUCUUUGAAUUACUUUUUUUAAUAUUAAUUUUACAAAAGAAGCAAAGUUUUCCUUACGGAAUAUUAAGACUAUUAAGGAUCUGACAGAGAAUUUUUCUUCUAUCUAAGGAGGAUUUUUUUUUAAUUUUUGAAGGAAAAAAAGGUAGAUAAUAAAUUAAUUUAAAAACAUUAUUAAUGAUUUGUUCUAAUAAUAAUAAAUGUCGUCUCACAACGCACAGAACAAUUCUUAAAAGAAACUUUAAUUUUAAUUUCCCUUUAGAUUUUUAACAGGAAAUGUAAAAAUUCCAUUUUUUCUGAAUGAUUUCUACCAGUGUACCCAUCCAGUGUGAAAGAACCUUUUAGUAAACAUGAAAAAUAAAUCCUUUAGAUGAAGAAUCACUGCUCAUUCCUUGCAAACGUUUAUCAAAGUCCGGUUUUACCCCCCAAAAAAAUUGCCACCACAUCACAUCUAAAUAACUAAACUUAUACUAAACUUUUGAAUAUAAAAAAAAACUGAAAAGUAUUUCGAGGAUAUUUAGGACACAAAACUUUUGAAAAAGCCACGCGUGCGAAUUAAUGGCGAAUACAGAGAUGCUGUAAAACUUACUACUACUUGUAAUAACAUUUAAUAAAGAAAAAAGUGAAGAUUUAAAUUUAAAAAAAAAAUUGUAUACUUAUGUUGUAUGAGAUGCUGGAUGGAGAGCGCAAAAAAACUAUUCACUCACACACAUUUUACAUUUAAAAUGAAAAAAAAAAUCUAUAAUGGUGACACAGCUUGUAUAAAAAAAAAAGAUUUACUGCAUUAAAUUAAGAAAAAAGAUGGAGAUGAGAGGAGACGAAGAUUUAUUCAUUCUACCAAAUGGAAAAGCACUAAAAAAGAAAAAAAGUAAGGAGAAAAAAAAACUUCAAAUGAAAUGAAAACUAUAAUAAACAAUAUUCUUGUGUAAUGGACCCGAAGAACAUGCAGAAUUUUUAAUUAAACAAGAAGAAAAAAUAAACAUUUGAUUGUUUUGUUAGCGAUCGUAUAAGGAAAAGGAGAAAAUGAUAUAUUAAAGAAGAAAAAAAAAAGGAAGAAAAAAUACAUAAAAUGACAGAAUAAUGGUUACGAUUAUUAUAUUAUCUAAAACAAAAAGAAAAAUGUGUAGAAAUAUGUUACUUUUAGAGUAUAAAAAAAUAUAAAAUGAUAAUAAAAUCCUGUGAAAAAAUGUAAAA